GAAAGUCUCGCUUCCUCUGUUCUUGGAGGAGCCAUCUUUCUUGUUCGUUGGCUCAGUGCUUAUAUCUUCUCCAUUUUUCUCUGUUUCCAUUCCUCUCGCUGACACUCGUUCUACAGAAAAAGUCACAGAAACUCAAAAGAUCUUUCUUUCUCAUCGUAUCACAUCUCUUCGAUAGCGUUCAAGCCUCUCCCUUCUUCUUCUUUACUUCUCCUGUGAUGUUUUGGUCUUGCGUUUGUUGCCUCCUCCUACUCCUCUACAUCAUCUACCUCAUCUUCUCCUUCUUCUUCUACUUCACUCAAGUUCCCCAUGUUCUCCGCGCCUGAUGGAAGAACAGCAUCAACAUCUCGCUAAACCCAUCAUCGGCGGUGGUGGUCUACAACCUCUCAACAACACUCAUUCACCUGAAGAAGAGGAACCAAUGCACCGAAAGCGAGAUCUUUCUUGCUACUACGGCCUAAGGCAAAACCCUAAGAAGACAACCCAUAAGUCUUUCGAGUUAGGAUCUUCUUCGGAACCGAGGAAGAAGAUCUUGUUCCGAUGCGGAGAGUGUGGGAAAGGGUUCCGUUACGAGAAGUGUCUAUCGAAUCAUCAAGCGGGGGUGCAUCUAUCGACGAUCCAGAGGGUUUGUGAAGAGUCGAUCAAGAGUCUGUGUAGUGGAUUCAGUCGUGUGAGGAAGAAGAAGAGAUCGAGAGUUGUCAGGUACAGGAGGAAGACUUCGUUUACUACGUUUCUUGAACCGUCCUCUGUUUUUGAUGAUGGGGAUGGUGAUGAAGAGCUAGAAGUGGCGGAGUGUUUGAUUCUGUUGUCUAAGAGUAGUCCUAAGAUUGUAGUAGACGGAGGAGGGAAGCUUGUUGGUGAAGCAAUGGAGGCUGUUCCUGAAAGGCUUAACGGUUUCUUGAGCUACAAGAAAGUGAGAAAUGAGCAAAAGGUUCUGGAAGAAGGGGACAGUAACAAGAUCGAUCAACAGAAACAGAGAAGAGCUUGUGGAUUUGACUCUGGGAUAAGACGUUUCUUGGGGCACAAGGAUGAGUUCCAUCAGUGGAAACUGCCAACAAGAUCCUGUGACUUUGAAUCCGGGUUUUACAGAGCUGAGCUUGGAGCAGGAGCAGGAGCUAUGGAAUGUUCUGUUUCUGAUGAUGAGAUUGUUACUGAAUCUGGUGGUAAAGGCGAUGAUGUGCAUCAGUGCAAGUUGUGCAACAAGAUCUUCUCGUCUUACCAAGCUCUUGGUGGUCACAUGACGUCUCAUAGGAUGAUCAAAAGUAAGAGCAAGAAGAGCUGCAGAGAGGAAUCAAUAGAUAGAGACUGUGAGGAUGAUGAGUCUGUGAAGAAAGAGAAGAAGAUGCAUCGCAAACUGUUCAAGGAAGGUUCAUGUUUUAGGUUUCAGAGUAAGUGUCAAGGACGGUUCAGGCUCUAA